UUUUAUGUCCAGCAUGUUCUGACUUUCAAUGUAAAAAGUUACCAAAUGUCGUAUUACUGAGUUUAAACAUCUCAACUAAACAUCCCAUACUGACACCUAACAAGCAAUUCAGUUGAUGAUGAAACCCCUCUGCUGAGCCGACAUUCUGAUUUGCAAAAUUUGCAAAAUUUGCAAAUGCGCGUGUUCUGACUUCUCGAUUCUACCAGGCGUCUUCUCCGCGCAGGCCUGGAUCCUACACUAUAAUAUAUAAUAUGACUCCAAGUUUCGCGCCUACUUUCGUCUGACAACACUAGGAUCACCGCGAGGUCUAACUUUAAUAUGUCGGAUUCCCCGCAAAAUAUCUUGAGAGAAGCGGCAGAUCGGCUGAUUCAGACGGCCGAACAUUUGGGCAGAGUAGCUUCCCUGUCAACGGCGAAUUCUGCAGCCUCAAGUUUGCCUGCGACAAGCAAUGUUGUUGCUGCUGCAAGUGGCAAUGCCAUUUCAAAUAUUUCGGCCGCAAACAGUGCACCACCGAUCGCUUCGUCCGCUGCUUCAGAGCACGCCCGGUUAUUAGGAUACAGGCCUCCAGUUGCAGGCAAUGUCAGAAGCCAUGGUACCAGUGCCAGAGGUAGAGCUAGAGGUCGAUCUAACUCUAGCGCCCCGUACCAUCUCCACCACCGAGGCCCCACGUGGAGCAGAUCGUUUGUUUGCUUGGCUUACAGCAACCAAACACAUCCACCCACACCAAGCCAACGGGUUGUGUUAACGCUAAACAACCUGGGGGAGAAGCGCAUAGAAUUCCCUCGCGAUGGCAACGGGGCUCAAGUACAUGAAGCCAUCAUCAGUACAUUUCCAUCCCUGGCAAGCGGCUACCAGCUUCUCCGGAAUUCCGAGGGUCGCGGAAAAGAGUUGUUAAAAAUACCGAUGCCAGCAAGUGGCUUUUCCAUUGACUACCUUAAGAGUGUCCUUGGCCAGGCGAACGGUUUUCUGCGCCCUCUUCAAAAGGACAUCGUCUUAGUUGGGGAGUCUGCCUCAACUUCAUCAAAUUUCGAGAGAAGCGAGGGAGAAGAAUCAACACAUCUUGAAACAAACAGUGGCCCAAUGGUAGCGUGCAUUAAUUGCAGUGGCAAUUUUGCAAUGACAGCCAUUAGUGACCAUCACCUUGUUUGUAAUGGUGGGGGGAGUGGUACUGCUGGAAAAGAGAAAAGAACUGAAGGGAUUGAGCAGUACUGCAGACCAUCAUUGACAGUGCCAACAGACGUCAACAGUAACCAAGAAGAUCCUUUAGAUAACCUGAAGCAGUUGCUUCCAGAUACUGACACCAAAGACCUGGAACAGGCUUUGGAGUCCUGUGGAGGAGACACAAAUCAGGCGGCAGAAUUUCUGCUCCAAGGAAACGAAACAGGAAAUAUUGUGGAUAAGCAAGUUGAACACUUGAUGGUUUGGGCAGAUGACUUUACACCAUCAGACAAUAUUACAGAUAUGGAUGAUUUAUCUGACAUAAUUGCAAGGCUAGCCAAGCAGCUUACUGGGCCAGUCAUCAGAGUAACUGUAGAUGAAAAUAGAGUCAUUCUUGAUGCGCUGCCCAUCUACAAAAGUGCUAAGUUGGAUCCUGUUAGUCCAGUAACAGUUCAGUUCCAGAAUCAACCAGCUGUUAAUGUGGGUGGUCCGAAGAGAGAAUUUUAUACUCGUCUCUUCAAUGAAAUUGCAAAGGCAGAUGGUGGUCUCAACCUUGUCCUUUUUGAAGGGCCAGAUGGACCGCUCAUGCCCAAGUACUCUGCCACCAUUGUAUACUCUGGUAUACUGACUGUAGUGGGCAAAAUGAUUGCCCACUCAAUCGUCCAGUGUGGCAUUGGCUUCCCUUUCCUCUCCCCAGCAGCUUACUGGUACAUAGUGACUGGUGGCAUAGCCAAGGCUGUUGGCUAUUGUAAUCUAAGUGAUGUCAGAGACAUCGAAGUGGCACAUCUGAUCAAAAAGCUGAUGGAUUCUGACAAGGCAGGCAUGCAAGAAUUGGGUAACAAUGCAUCAUUCAUUUCUCUUCUCUGUGAUGCUGGCUGUUCUGAACGCCCAACAGUGAAGAACAAGCAGUUGUUGGUGGAAAGCCUAAUGCUACACACUGUACUCAGCAAGAAGAAGGUAGUCUUGGACCACGUGAGAAAAGGACUUCAGAUACUGAAUGUUCUGGAUGAGAUCACUAAAAGGCCAAGGCUGUUUGAAAAUCUCUUCUUAAGCAAUCCAAAUGUAUGUGAUGUGACUGCCGAGAAAGUCGUCAGUUCUCUCAGCUUUUCAAUUAAUGAGUCAUGUGCCACCAGAGACCAUCUACUCCAAUACAUGAAUGAGUGCUCCAAACAGGAUCUGCAGCACUUCCUGCGAUUUAUCACCGGCUCCUGCAUGCUUCCUCAAGGAGCAUGUAGGAUUGAUGUGUUGUUUACUGAUGACGACGAAGGAUGUGUCUUUGCCUCCACCUGUUUAUUGCAGCUUCAUGUCCCUCAGCAUUUUGAAUCAUAUGAGGGAUUCAAAGCAGCAAUGAAAGCUGUUUCUGAUCCAUCAGGACAGGCCUUCAAUUCUAUUUAAGGAGACUGCCAACAGUAUCCAGCACUUUCCUAACAGCAGCACUUUGAAGGAUGAAUACUACCACUGUUUAACAAGUGAUGCUACAGUAAUAGACCUUACUCAU